GAUGAACUAAAAUUUUCAUAUCACUAGCCAAGUAUCUAUCUCCAUCUAUUCUAUUCGAUUUAGAGGAAGGGGAGUCUAUAGAACCAUCUCGUGGACUACCCAACACCAUAUGAUACCCCUUUUUGUCCUCAUCCCACAUUAUCGGACUUUUGGAGGGAAUUUUAUGUUGCAGAAAGAAAAAAGAAAAUUAUUAAGACGUCUACUGGGGGGUUUUAGGAUCAGGGGUUUUUUGUGUAACCUAAACCCCUCUCUUCCCGGCGGGUAUCGGCUGAGGGAAUCUCCGAGCAAAGUUUCCUCCGGCGGCAUUUCGGUGAUAUAACCUCUGCAUCAUGGGGAAAGGGGCGAGAAACAAGAACCAACCAGCACAAAUCAAUGAAGCCAGUUUUGGAACCCUCAAUAACUCCAUAACUGGUGUACUUGAAGCUGUGAAAGAAAUGUCGCUACGACUUGAUGAAAUUUCAUCUACUGUGAACACUGUUGUUAACAACUGCAAGAAUGCAGAUGCGGCCUCUGCAAAAUCAACUUCAGCUAAGCCUAUCACGUGUGUUGAUUCUAAUCGAGAUGUUGUUGGGGAGUUCCAUAAGUUGAAACAAACCAGCACUGUUGAAGAGUACGAAGAGAAGUUUGUGAAGUUGAGAGACUUGAUGGUGAAAAUGAAUUGUGGACUCUCAGAAGGUUAUUUGAUUUCCUGCUUCCUGAGUGGACUCAAGUCAGGGAUAAAACAUUCAAUUGCGAAUCGCAAACCUGAGACUCUUUAUCAUGCUUUCAACCUUGCACGGAUCCAGGAGAUAACAAUCAAAGAGACAAAAGGCAGCGUGAUGGAAGACAAAUUGAUGAAAGACAAACUAAGGUCUUCAUCAGGUGGGGACGAUCCUAACUUGCAAUGUGAACAGGUUCUGGUAUCUUUAAAUCCUGACAGCCCUCUCAAAUUCAGAGCUUUAGUGGGAGAAAGGGAAGUGAAAGUCCUGAUAUCCCCUGGAAUUGAUUGUAGUUACAUUGAUACUUCUCUAGCAAUCACAGCAGGGAGCAAGAUUGAGGAGGCUGAACCCUUACUGGUGGACUUUUUAAUGCUUGGCUACAAGGCAGUAAGCCGUUUCAGAUGUCCAAAUUUCGAGUGGAUGGUGAAGGGUCAUAAAUUUCAUGUUGAGGCGAGGAUUGUUGAGAUAAAGGCAGCAUACGACAUCGUGUUAGGUGCGGAUUGGUUGAAUGAAAACAACCCUGUGAGCUUCUGUGCUAAUGGAAUGAUCUACCACCAGAAGGGAGAAGAGUUUAUAAUCUUGAUGGAGGAGACAGGACCAUAUAAGACCAAGAGGAGGAGGAGAAUUUGCUAUGAUGCUGAGGGGGUUUAUGCCAAGGAGGAAGAAAGGGGAAUACCAUUGUCGAGUUUUUACGCGGGACUCGAAUCCAUUGGGAGCUAUAAGGGGAUGCUAUCGAAAUUGGAAGAAGAUUAUUUGUUCUAGUAAAAAAGGGUUGCAAUGUCUUUGGCCUUCCUGGUUGACAAAUGUGGUUCGUUGCUUAAGAUUUCGGUUCUUCACUUAUUGAGUAAUGCCUCUAGUUGCAGUAUUUUUGGUGAUGGCAGAUGUGGUACAAUGUCCAUUUGCCCCCUUGUUGUUUGUUCAUUUUCAUGGAUGUAUAGCCUUUCUCUGCUUAUCAUCUGCUUUUAUCAGGUUCAAAGUUCAAAAUGGUCAAGGAUAAAUCACUGCUUAUAUAUAUAUAUGUAACUUCAAAUGCUCUGAUAAAUGAAAGAUCAAAUCUUCAUGAUUUGGGAUCCCACAAAAAGUGUAACUGAUUGUUUAAACG